UCAGAACUCAGAGCAGACCCGUGCUGCGCUGCCUACUGCCUUGUGUUGGAGCUAGUCGGAGCUCACUCGCCGGCCAACCAGCGAGCGCGCGUGUACUGUGUAUGCGGAUCGCGGAGUACACAUCAUGUUUACAUGCCGCACGUUUCGGCAGCAGCAUAACAGAAAGCGAUAGUGUACCAGUGUUCCUAAAGUUGUGAAUGGUGGACAAGUGACGUACGUCAAUGCACAUCACAUCAAAGGUUUUAGUGCAAAAGUGCAACGGCCAAACGAAACUAUGACGUUCUCUGGAAACAUGGAAAGCAAGCCGCGAAAUGCUAAAGAGAGCUGGGAGUCAGAGUUGGGGUACGGAUGGACGCGCAGUGGUCAGCGACGAUGCCGCGGUCACCGGCCGCCGGAGUCGACGAUGUCAGUGAGCAGUGACAUCAGGUUCACGCGGCGCAAGCUGAGCCGGCCGUGUCGGGGCUGCUGCGCAGCGCUCGCGGCUCUCCUCGUGCUGCUGUUGCUGGCUGCCGUCGCCGUAUACCUCGGCCACAUGUAUCUGUUUGGAGAUCCUCUAAAUCGGCAAACGUUCCGCGGGUCCUUUGUGGUCACCUCGUGGGGAGAGACUGGAGAAGAAGAGAAUGAUCUAGAAGUAAAGAACACCACAAGAGAGUAUGAUUUACGGCAGGCGCUACACGAUGCUUACAGUAACUCUGAGCUACGAUCCUGUUUUGUUGGCGCUGAAAUUUUAGCUCUUGACAGUGCUGACGAAGGCGAGCGAGUUCACUUCGAGGUGUCGUUCGAACCGAUCUUCACUGCGGUGGGCACGCCAGACGUCACGGAUGUAAUGGACCGCCAGCUCAGGUCACCCACCGGCUACUUCAGCACUAUUACUGUUCUGCCUGACACGUUACAUAUUGAGGAAAGCUCAGUAAUAUCUUCGCAAGCGUUAACUGAAUCGGACAGCUUAGAAGAGGAGGCGACGACAACUGAGAUGAUAUCUUUCGAGCUGGUGGAGGAAGUGCGGGAAUGUGCUCCGCUUACGUUGCCGCUGUGCUCGCAUCUACCUUACAACAUCACCACGUAUCCCAACCUAGUCGCACAUCCCUCUAAGGAAGUGCUAAUGCGUGACUUGGUCGCUUUUAGAGAACUCUUAGAUGCUGAAUGCUCACAUUUAGCACAGGACUUCGUAUGCCAGAUGCUACAACCGCAGUGCUCCGACGGAAGACUGGUGCGACCAUGCCGGGCCUACUGCCGCGCCUUCCACGCGGGCUGCGGUGCGCGCUUGCCCGAAAGACUGCGCGCGCACUUCGACUGCGCACGAUUCCCGGACUACUUCGGACCCGGCUCCUGCGCACCCGAACCUGACUGCAAUGGUGGGCUACGGCGGCUGGCGUUGUCUCGGCGCGCGUGUGACGGUGUGCCGGACUGCGCGGACGCGGCGGAGGAGCGCGGGUGCGCGCACUGCACAGCGGCCGGACAGGGGGCGCUGCGUUGCGCGCUGCACCCGCGCUGUCUGCCGCAACAACACCGCUGUGAUGGAAUCCCGCACUGCCCUGACGCCAGCGACGAAGCGGGAUGCUUAUGGGUAAGUCGUUCGUUGGCGUCGUGGAAGCGAGAGACGCGCGAGAGCACGCUGGGCGCGCGUCGCAGCCGCGGCGGCUACGCGGUGUGGGCGGAGCGCGGCCACACCGGCAAGAUCUGUGCCGCACCCUACGAGGACGACAAGAAGGCGCUCAUGAACGUUGCCAACUCGCUCUGCAAGGUCUUGACCUUUACAUCGGCGAUAUCAGCUGAUGCAGUACUCGACGGAGAAGUGGAGGGGGAAUAUAAGACUGAUGAAAACAAAGAGCAGCCCGAGUACGUCGAAGUUGUUGACCCGUCCGCCGCCGAAAUAUCAUUCGUCAAAAGCGAAUGUCCAGAACGGAGAGUUCUAAAAGUCGUUUGCGAUCAACUAGAGUGCGGUCUGGCGUCAGCGCGAGGGCGCGAGGCAGGUUCGGGCGCGGCGGGACUGCCGCGGGCUGCGCGCCCCGGCGACUGGCCGUGGCACGCGGCGCUGUUGCGCGCCAACGUCCACGUCUGCGAUGGUGUGCUGCUGCACCCCAACUGGCUCCUCACCACCGCCUCAUGCUUCCAAGGUCAACCGAAAGCAGAAUGGACGGCCAGAUUCGGAACAGUUCGUAUCCAAAGCACAUCGCCGUGGCAGCAGGAGCGGCGUAUAAUUGGCUUAGUGAGAUCACCGGUUGAAGGCAGCAUGCUGGCGCUGGUGCGUUUGGAAGAGCCAGUUGAAAUGACAGAUUUUGUGCGGCCCACUUGCCUGCCAGAGGGGGGAAUGAACAACCAGAGUACAUGCAACUCACUCGGCUGGACAAGGAACAGAGAUCAAUUGCAGAGGAUACAUGUUGUCCCCACAGCUAUGCAGAGCUGCGAGAACGUCAGCAUCGCAACCACAAACGGUAUCUGCGCUGAGCCACUCUAUGAUAAAGACGAUUGUGAUGAAGAAGAAUAUGCGGGAAGUUCAAUGAUGUGCUUCGAUGAAAACUCAAAAAGAUGGAGUUUAGCUGGUGUCAGCGGAUGGAGAAUAGCUUGCAGUAAAAUUGGAUUGGGUCGACCGAGGAUCUACGAUGCAGUCUCAUCUCAUGUGGAUUGGAUUCAGAAAACAAUAUCCAAUUCAGCAAGAUGACCUUCUUACAAUAACUAGACUUACAAAGACUGCAUUCCAUGUCUUCUAAUAUAGGACUAGUAUAUUACAUUAUUUGUUAAUAUAAUUGUUAUAGUUAAGAAUUCUCAAUUUUCAUAUUCUCACUUCCUAAAAUUAAAUUAAGUGAAAAAAUUAACAAGAUGAAAAUACUCAGUGGACUAUUGGAAAGCCUUUUUUACAGUACCAUUU